UAUUGGGCAGUGCUGUCUUAUACUUUUGUAACAUAAUUGUUGCUUUGUGUGUGACUGUGUAUGUUUGUUAUUAGUUACAGACUAAUUGAAUGAAAUAUAAGAUAUUUAAAAAUGCACAUCUUUUUUUUCUCUUAAAGGCCCUUCCUUCUUCUAUGAUUAUAGUAGCAGUUUAUUGUCCUGUGAUAGCUGCUGUUUUCAUUGUUCUGAAGAUGGUCAACUAUCGGCUCCACAGAGCACUGGAUGCUGGAGAAGUUGUAGAUAGGAAUGCAAAUGAGUUGGCAGAUCAGCGAGCCAAAGCUGACCAAGGCAACUGUUCAAGUAGGAGAAAAGACAGCAAUGGACCCAGCGAUCCUGGUGGAGGGAUAGAAAUGUCUGAGUUCAUUCGAGAGGCCACACCACCAGUUGGUUGCAGUUCAAGAAAUUCUUAUGCUGGCCUAGAUCCAAGCAACCAGAUUGGAUCUGGUUCCUCUCGUCUUGGAACAGCAGCAACUAUUAAAGGAGAUACAGACACUGCUAAGACUUCUGAUGAUAUCAGUUUAAGUCUGGGCCAGAGCUCCAGUCUCUGUAAGGAAGGAAGUGAAGAACAAGAUUUGGCAACUGAUCGGAAGCUCUUCCGUCUGGUCUCCAAUGAUUCCUUCAUCUCCAUUCAGCCUUCCUUAUCCUCUUGUGGGCAGGACUUGCCAAGGGACUGCAGCGACAAAGUGAGCCUGCCAGGCCACAGCCACCACCACCAUGUCGACCAGUCUCUGUCCAGCGCCUGUGACACAGAAGUAGCUUCUCUCGUCCCUUUACAUUCACACUCUUACAGGAAAGAUCACCGGCCACGAGGUGUACCACGGACCUCCAGCUCUGCUGUGGCUUUUCCAGAUACUUCACUGAAUGACUUCCCUCUGUAUCAACAAAGACGUGGGUUAGAUCCAGUUAGUGAGUUAGAAUCUUCCAAACCUCAUUCUGGAUCCAAAGAAUCCUUGGUGGAAAAUUCUCAUUUAUCUGGGGAAUUUCAGCUUGUGGGUGAGCUGAAAAACAGUCCUCAGCCACCUACAAAAACUGGGAAGAGCAAACCUUUGAAAGCAGACAAAAGCAUGGACAGCUUGAGGAGCCUGAGCACACGGAGUAGUGGGUCCACAGAGAGCUAUUGCAGUGGAACGGAUCGUGACACUAACAGUACUGUCAGCAGCUAUAAGAGUGAACAGACCAGCUCCACUCACAUAGAGAGCAUCUUGUCAGAGCACGAGGAGUCUCCCAAAGUAGGAAAGAAAAGUGGUCGGAAAAAAGAGUGCUGUGCUGACCCAGAGGACAAGAGUAGCUGUACCAGUGACAAAAGGACUAGUAGUGAAAAAACGGCCUUGGAAGUGAGUACAAAUAGUGGGCUUCAAGAGGCCAAGGAUUCUAAUACCUCUGAUGAUGUGCACAAUCAGAGAGGUCUCAGCACCUCCGCAUCUGAAGAAGCCAAUAAAAAUCCCCACGCAAAUGAAUUCACUUUGCAGGGGGACAGACCGCUUGAGAAAACUGCUGAAAACAGAGAGGAGCAGAGUGAUAAGCCUGCUGUUUCAGUGGACUCAAAAGUUGGGAAAGACGUUGGUGGAAAGCAGAAGGAAGGGGAUGUCCGACCUAAAUCGUCCAGCUUAAUCCACCGGACAGCCUCUGUGCAUAAGUCAGGCAGGAGACGGACAGGAAAAAAACGGGCCAGCAGUUUUGAUUCAAGUCGGCACCGGGACUAUGUUUCGUUUCGAGGUGUUUCUGGUACCAAGCCACACAGUGCUAUAUUCUGUCACGAUGAGGACUCUAGUGACCAAAGUGAUUUGAGCAGAGCAUCAAGUGUUCAGUCUGCUCACCAGUUCAGCAGCGAUAGCUCUUCUAGCACCACUUCUCAUUCGUGUCAGUCUCCUGAGGGCAGGUAUAGUGCUCUCAAGACCAAGCAUGUCCCUAAAGAAAAGGGCACUGACGCGGAGCACACACACAAAGCUCAUUUGGGUCUGGAAGGAACUGGCAAAAAGCGGACAACACGUCGGACUUCUAGCACAAAUAGUGCCAAGACUCGGGCCCGAGUGCUGAGCCUAGACAGUGGCACAGUAGCAUGUUUGAAUGACUCCAAUAGACUGAUGGCACCCGAAAGUAUAAAACCCUUAACCACUUCAAAAUCAGAUCUCGAAGCCAAAGAGGGAGAGGUGCUAGAUGAGCUAUCUUUAUUGGGACGGGCUUCCCAGUUAGAGACAGUCACUCGAUCUAGGAAUAGCCUGCCAACCCAGGUUGCAUUUCCUGAAGGUGAAGAGCAAGAUGCAGGCAGUGGAGCAGCACAGGCCAGCGAGGAGGUGGUGGCAUUUCGCCGUGAACGCAGCACAUUUAGGCGCCAGGCAGUACGGCGCCGGCACAAUGCAGGGAGUAACCCUACCCCUCCUACAUUGCUCAUCGGAUCACCCCUAAGCCUUCAAGAUGGGCAGCAAGGCCAGCAGUCCACAGCCCAGGUCAAAGUCCAGUCCCGCCCCCCUUCCCAGGCUGCAGUGCUCAGUGCUAGUGCCUCCUUGCUGGUGAGAAAUGGGAGUGUCCACUUAGAAGCAUCACAUGACAAUGCAUCUGCUGUAGGCGGCAGCAGUUUGCACGAUGAACUUGGUAAGUUCUCUUCUACGCUUUAUGAGACUGGUGGCUGUGAUAUGUCACUUGUGAAUUUUGAACCAGCAGCAAGAAGAGCAUCCAAUAUCUGUGACACAGAUUCUCAUGUAUCCAGUUCUACCUCAGUUCGAUUUUAUCCACACGAUGUGCUCUCUCUCCCACAGAUUCGAUUGAACAGACUAUUGACCAUCGAUACAGAUUUGUUGGAGCAACAAGACAUUGAUCUAAGCCCAGACCUGGCAGCUACUUAUGGUCCAACAGAAGAUGCUGCCCAGAAGGUUAAACACUAUUACCGAUUUUGGAUCCUGCCCCAGCUAUGGAUUGGCAUUAACUUUGACAGACUCACACUUUUGGCCCUGUUUGAUAGAAAUCGUGAAGUCCUGGAAAAUGUGUUAGCUGUCAUCUUGGCUAUUCUUGUGGCAUUUUUGGGAUCUAUCCUUCUCAUCCAAGGCUUCUUCAGAGAUAUCUGGGUCUUCCAGUUCUGCCUGGUGAUAGCCAGCUGUCAGUACUCUCUACUGAAGAGUGUUCAACCAGAUUCUUCUUCCCCCAGACAUGGUCAUAAUCGUAUCAUUGCCUACAGUAGACCAGUUUAUUUCUGUUUAUGUUGUGGUCUUAUUUGGCUCUUGGAUUAUGGAAGCAAAAACCUUACUACAACCAAGUUCAAAUUAUAUGGAAUAACUUUCACCAAUCCACUGGUGCUUGUAUCAGCCAGGGAUUUAGUUAUAGUGUUUACACUCUGUUUCCCAAUAGUAUUUUUCGUUGGUCUCCUGCCUCAGGUGAAUACAUUUGUAAUGUACCUUUGUGAACAAUUGGAUAUUCAUAUCUUUGGUGGUAAUGCCACUACCAGCCUGCUUGCAGCCCUCUACAGCUUCAUCUGCAGCAUUGUGGCAGUGGCCCUACUGUAUGGGUUGUGUUAUGGCGCUUUAAAGGAAUCUUGGGAUGGCCAGCAUAUUCCAGUACUUUUCUCCAUUUUCUGUGGUUUGUUAGUGGCAGUAUCCUACCAUCUCAGCCGACAAAGCAGUGAUCCAUCUGUACUUUUCUCUUUGAUGCAAUCUAAGAUUUUCCCAAAAACAGAAGAGAAAAAUCCAGAAGACCCUCUAUCUGAAGUAAAAGAUCCACUGCCUGAAAAACUUAGAAAUUCCGUUAGCGAACGUUUACAGUCUGACCUAGUAGUAUGCGUUGUAAUUGGCGUGCUGUAUUUUGCUAUUCAUGUGAGCACAGUGUUUACAGUAUUGCAGCCUGCUCUCAAGUACGUGUUGUAUGCACUGGUCGGCUUUGUAGGUUUUGUAACCCAUUACGUGCUGCCUCAAGUUAGAAAACAGCUACCGUGGCAUUGUUUCUCUCAUCCUCUGCUGAAGACAGUGGAGUACAAUCAAUAUGAAGUUCGAAAUGCAGCCACUGUCAUGUGGUUUGAGAGGCUUCACGUGUGGCUCCUUUUCAUGGAGAAGAACAUCAUCUACCCCUUGGUUGUUCUCAAUGAACUGAGCAGCAGUGCGGAGACUAUAGCUAGUCCAAAAAAGCUGGACACAGAACUAGGUGCUUUAAUGAUCACCAUUGCUGGUCUGAAGUUGCUCCGGUCCUCUUUUAGCAGCCCCACAUAUCAGUAUGUCACAGUUGUCUUUACUGUGCUCUUUUUCAAAAUUGACUAUGAAGCGUUUUCCGAGACCAUGCUGUUGGAUCUCUUCUUCAUGUCCAUACUCUUCAACAAGCUUUGGGAACUCCUUUAUAAAUUGCAGUUUGUGUACACUUACAUUGCCCCAUGGCAAAUUACAUGGGGUUCUGCUUUCCACGCUUUUGCUCAGCCCUUUGCAGUGCCCCACUCAGCCAUGUUGUUUGUUCAGGCUGCCGUCUCGGCCCUCUUUUCUACACCGCUGAACCCCUUCCUGGGAAGUGCAAUAUUCAUCACUUCAUAUGUCCGACCUGUGAAAUUCUGGGAAAGAGACUAUAACACAAAACGAGUGGAUCAUUCAAAUACCAGAUUGGCUUCCCAGCUUGAUAGAAACCCAGGAUCAGAUGACAACAAUCUGAACUCCAUCUUUUAUGAACAUUUAACCAGAUCCCUACAACACAGUCUCUGUGGUGACUUGCUCCUGGGACGGUGGGGAAACUACAGUACAGGGGACUGUUUCAUUCUUGCCUCUGACUACCUCAAUGCACUAGUACACCUGAUAGAGAUCGGCAACGGGCUGGUCACCUUCCAGCUGCGGGGACUUGAAUUCAGAGGUACCUACUGUCAACAGCGGGAAGUAGAGGCUAUCACUGAAGGUGUGGAAGAAGAUGAAGGGUUUUGCUGCUGUGAACCUGGCCACGUUCCUCACGUGCUGUCAUUUAAUGCUGCCUUUAGCCAGCGCUGGCUAGCUUGGGAAGUCAUAGUCACCAAGUACAUUCUGGAGGGUUACAGCAUCACCGACAACAGUGCCGCUUCUAUGCUUCAAGUGUUUGACCUCCGGAAAGUACUCACCACUUACUAUGUCAAGGGCAUCAUUUAUUAUGUCACAACCUCUUCUAAGCUAGAGGAGUGGCUCGCUAAUGAGACAAUGCAGGAAGGACUUCGUCUGUGUGCAGAUCGGAAUUAUGUAGACGUGGACCCGACAUUUAACCCCAACAUCGAUGAAGACUAUGACCAUCGAUUAGCAGGCAUAUCCAGGGAGAGUUUCUGUGUGAUUUACCUCAACUGGAUAGAGUAUUGCUCUUCCCGACGAGCAAAGCCAUUGGAUGUGGACAAAGAUUCCUCUUUGGUGACUCUUUGUUACGGACUCUGUGUUCUGGGACGAAGAGCUUUGGGGACUGCAUCCCACCAUAUGUCCAGUAAUUUGGAGUCAUUCCUCUAUGGAUUGCAUGCCCUGUUUAAGGGAGAUUUCCGAAUUUCUUCAAUUCGAGAUGAAUGGAUCUUUGCUGACAUGGAGCUACUAAGAAAAGUUGUAGUCCCUGGAAUCCGUAUGUCCAUUAAGCUUCAUCAGGAUCAUUUCACUUCUCCAGAUGAGUAUGACGACCCGACUGUGCUCUAUGAAGCCAUUGUAUCUCAUGAAAAAAACCUCGUAAUAGCCCAUGAAGGGGACCCCGCAUGGCGGAGCGCCGUCCUCGCCAACUCUCCCUCCUUGCUUGCUCUGCGGCAUGUCAUGGACGAUGGCACCAAUGAGUAUAAAAUCAUCAUGCUCAACAGACGCUACCUUAGCUUCAGGGUUAUUAAAGUGAAUAAGGAAUGUGUCCGCGGCCUUUGGGCAGGGCAACAGCAGGAGCUUGUAUUUCUACGUAACCGUAACCCUGAGAGAGGGAGCAUCCAAAAUGCAAAGCAAGCUCUGAGAAACAUGAUAAACUCAUCUUGCGAUCAACCUAUUGGCUACCCGAUCUUUGUUUCACCCCUAACAACUUCUUACUCUGACAGCCAUGAUCAACUUAAAGAAAUUCUUGGGGGACCUAUCAGUUUGGGAAAUAUCAGAAACUUCAUAGUGUCAACCUGGCACAGGUUGAGGAAAGGUUGUGGAGCUGGUUGUAACAGUGGUGGCAACAUUGAAGAUUCUGAUACUGGAGGGGGCACUUCUUGCACUAGCAACAAUGCAACACUCGCCAACGAGCCCCACAGCACCGUGUCCCAAGGAAGCACCGGAAACAUGGGCCAGGGGUCGGGAGCAGGACUCCAUCCGCCCGUCACAUCUUAUCCCCCAGCACUCGGCACCAGCCACAGCGCUCACUCCGUGCAGUCAAGCCUGGCCAGACAGUCCCCGGCUCGGGCCUCAGUAGCCAGCCAGUCUUCUUACUGCUAUAGCAGCCGGCACUCGUCCCUCCGGAUGUCCACCACAGGAUUCGUGCCUUGUCGGCGCUCUUCUACCAGUCAGAUAUCGCUUCGAAACUUACCGUCGUCCAUCCAGUCCCGCCUCUCCAUGGUGAACCAGAUGGAACCCUCUGGUCAGAGUGGCAUGGCCUGUGUGCACCACGGCCUGCCUUCCUCCAGCAGCUCCAGCCAAAGCAUCCUGGCCUGCAAGCACCACACUCUUGUGGGUUUUCUUGGGACAGACGGGGGUCAGAGCAGUGCCACUGAUGCACCGCCAGGCAACACCUUAAGUCCUGCCAAUAAUGCACAUGCCAAAAAGGGGGAGGUGAUUUACAGAGUCCAAAUUGUGGAUCCCAGUCAAAUUCUGGAUGGGAUCAACCUGUCAAAAAGAAAAGAGCUGCAGUGGCCUGACGAAGGUAUUCGGUUAAAAGCUGGGAGAAACAGCUGGAAAGACUGGAGUCCUCAGGAGGGGAUGGAAGGCCAUGUGAUUCACCGAUGGGUGCCUUGCAGCAGAGACCCCGGUACUAGGUCCCACAUCGAUAAGACAGUACUUCUGGUCCAGAUUGAUGAUAAAUACGUGACUGUGGUUGAAACUGGGGUACUGGAACUCGGGGCUGAAGUGUGAGCCAGUGUUUUAUAACUACGUUUCUUUCCCCUCUCAAAUCCGAGACAUUGGAGAAAGAGAGGCGAGAGCAGAAGAUGCCUGGAGGCAUCGUUUUGAUCCCAUAAAGGAGAGACUUGAGCACAGAGUGGGCUUGGCUAAGCGCGUCUGCUUUGCCCUUCACCCUGACUCCUGUCACUGUCUUCAUCCCCAAAUAAAGCUGAAUAUUUUUUUAAGUUAGCUGCCGAGAAAACAUUUUGCAUGAAGGAUCAAGUUCUGUUAAAAUACAUCUUUUGAAAGUUUUUUCCUAUGCAUUGCCUAUGCUUUAAAUCAGCAAAUUCUUGGUUUCUAAAGUAUGAUCUCAUAUUUUUCUAAUUUCUUUGCCAAAAAUAAUUGCCACGUUUUGUCAUAGAACACGAGAUCCAUUUGCGUUAAUGUUUUAAAACAGACCCGUGUAGAAACCUUCAGUUGGACAGAGGCAGUAGAAAAGUUUAAUGUACAGUGAAGAGACUAGGAACAGACAUAUUUAUCUUAUUCCUUGAGCGCUAAAAACUUUAAAGAAAAAAAACUGCACUAAUUUUUUAUAACAAUGCACUAAAGUCUGAGAUUUCUCAGAACAUUUAUUUAUAUAUAAAAAUAAAAUCCCAUUAUUUAAAUUGCCUUUGGGAUUAACCCCUUCCCUUCCCUUAUAAACAUACGUAGCAGGAACUGUGCUGCCCAUUUUUCUGUGAAGAGUCUGUACUUCAUGCCAGUACCGUGGAGGUUGUCUUUAAAAUGAAUACUAAAUCUCAAGAGAGACAGAGCGUCAUCGCUGGCGCUCGAAAUCCUGGAGCCAGUGGUCCGCGAGUCGGUCCUGCACCUGCCCCGCGGGCUCCUGUGUCCGCAUCGCAGGUGAGCCGCCGGUGAGGCCCAGGCCCUCUGCUCUCCCUUGGGCACGCCCGCUGGGCCAGCCUCGGGAAGAAAGUGCUUAAGCUUUUCAGAGAAGAAGAUGAACGUCCAGGAAUGGAAAGAAAGGCUUGAUUGCCUUUUAUUUUAAGGGUCCUUAGCUAUUGGAGUUAUUCACGUGCAGUUCAGUUAACCAAGUAAAAUGUUUUCAAACACAGUUAUCCAAAUGGUGCCAUUCUUAUUGUUCCAUCCCUGUCCCUCCUUAGUACCUUCGCCUUUAUCUCUCUCUCCUUUUUCUAUUACUUGAACUUUAUUUCCUGUAAUUUAUAGUGUUUAAGCUGUAAUUUGAAAUAUUUAUAACUGUGAAAUUGACUUAAUUCAUAUGUUGUCUCAUAACUUAAAUUGUAUUUUUUUUAAAUGCAUGUAUUCAGGGAAAUAUGUAACUCAGAUUUACAAUUGGGCUGGGUGGGAACUGAAAUUUAGAUUUGUCAACUGUUGGCAUUUAAAAAAUUCUUCCAAAAACUUUCCCUUGUUAAGUGCAAAGGAAGACUGUACGUUUCUUCUGAGCGUUUAGAAGCAGCCCUCUUUCUACUCCCUGAAUGGACAGUAAAAAGGAGGCGAAAUUAAUGUUCACCAAACAUUUUAUUUAAUCUGAUAUAUCCAAAGUACGACUGUUUCAGCAUGUGGCAUAGCCUGCUUCAGGCACUCACUCGCUGGCGCGCCUAGUGGCCACCGUAUUGGGCAGUGUGGGUUAAACUAUCUUUUUGAUGAGGUGAGAGAGGAAGAAGCUGUUUCUCCUACUGUUGUGGUGCAGCUCCCACAGCAGAGCAGGGCACCUCAGUAGCGGGAAUGAAAACUAAGGACGGAAAUAAGCAGUUAGUAUACAGCAUCUUUCUGCAUUUCCACUCAAAAUCUAUUUAUUUUUCCCUUUUCUAACUUAAAAUUUUUGUUGUUAUUUAGGACCCAAUGUGCCUUGUGUUAAUGUUUUCAGAAUUCACACUAAAAUAUACAAAAAAACAUUUGUCAAAUGAUUUUCUAAACCUAUACACAAAGGUACGCUUUCUAAAUUGAACGAUCAAAACGUGUUCCCCCCACUGUCACUGUAGUCUGUACUUGCCUCUUUUUGGCAGUUCUGUAGUAUGCCAUUGAAGUUCAGGCUUCCCCCCUUCUGAAAAUACAUACGUGAUUAUAUUUAUUUAAAAUCUUCUCAAAGGAAUUUUCUACAUUUCUGAAUGAGUGUGAUCUUUUUGUGGUUAUUGCCUAGGUGAAAAGAUAAGUGGAGUCUUUUUAGUCUUAAAUGGAAGGUAAUUUAUUUUCCUACACAGGAAAAAAAAAAAUUUGAAUUUCAGAUUCAAUUAGAAGGGCUAGAAUUACUUUUAUUCCUAGCCCCCCACCUCCCCCCAAAAAGUCAGAUUUCAAAUGCCAGGCUAGAUUUUAUAUGGAACACAUAUAUUGGGUCUUGAUUUGGGAUAGCAACUAGUGGCCAUUUUUCUCAAAACAAGUUGAAUUUUGUUAUCAGAUAGCCCUUUAGUGAAGUUUUAUGAAUUAGGAACCCUGUUCUUAUUUUUUGAAGCCUAAAACAGUCUUUUACAAAUUGUAGCACUUUUCUAAUAAUUGCAUCAGGGGAAAUAGUGAUCAUGAAAAACUCAUGUCUUAACAAUAAUUUGACCUAAAUUAUAUAGAAAUAUACAUACUUCAGUUAAAUUGACCAUGCAUGUCAUAUUCUGCCCCCCAGGAACAGUGAGCUAUUUGUUUGGAUUCCCUGCGUCACUGUUUUUGUCAGGGUGUGAGGCUCUAGCAGACAUGCGUUAGUGUCUUUAGAUGACAAUUGCAAAACUUUCAGAGUUCCAUAAAUUGAAAGUGAAAAUACUUAAUUAAAACACUAGUAUUUUACUUAUUUCCUUUAAAUAGAGUUUCAUUACUAUCGGUUUUUUUGUUGUUGGAUUUUAUUUUUUCCCCUUUGAAAGGGAGUCCUGGAAUGCAUAUAAACAGCCUUUCUUCUUGUUUCCUCUCAUUCAGUAGCAAAAAUAAUUUUAUAUCUCAAAAUUAAGCUUUUAGUUAAUCCUCCAUCUUAUAACUUGGUGUGAGCCCUCUUUUACAUCAUUUUCAAUACUUGAUAAAACUUUAAAUGUUCAGUUUUUUCUAAAGAACUAAUUUUUUAAGAGCCUAGAUUAACAUGUUGAUAUUUAAGGGGCUUGGGAAAGGAGGUGGUGAGGCUGUAUAUUUUUACAAUAAGGGAGAUUAGUUACCUUUCAGGAAAUUACUGAACAGACUUCAUCAGUGUUCUGCCUUCUUUGGGUUUUCAUUACUGGAAGGUUAACUUCCAUUAGGUUUGAAGUAUUUUUAAAAGUAUUUCAAGUAUAUUUGAUAUACUUCUAUUAAUCUUUGAAACAGAAGUAGCCAGACAGCAUUUCUGCCGUGAGUGAGAUACAGAAAAUUACUCUGUACUAAAUGUCAGGCAACGAAAAUAGGAGUUUUUAUGUUGGAAACUACAUCUCAUUAAGAAGAUGUUCUCUUUCUUCUUGGGUUGGUUUAUUUUUACAUUUUGUAUCAAAAUAUAAAAUCUAAGCAAGGGUAGCUCAGCCUUAGUAAAUUCUACUUUGCUUCUGAGCACCAUCCUUCUGCCUCUCUUAGAAAUCCUUCAGUUGGUAGAUGGCUGCAUCAAGUCAUUCAUUCAUCCAUCCAGAACUGGGUCUUAAAUUUAUGAUUUGCCCGUAGUCUAAAAUUACCUUCUUCUUUUAGUUAACUUUAAAAACCCUUCCUCCUAAAUAUGUGACUUGAGAAAAAGACAACUUAGUAAUAUUUGUAUUUACUAGCUACUGAACUAUAAACUGCAGCCCUGUUGUUAGUUGCUUUUGUGUUUAUUUUCAUUACUUUUUCAUGAGUAUGGACAAAGCCCCAUCCCCCAUUUAAGUCCUCAGUAUGCAUUCUCAGUGGGGGUUUCUUAUAGUGUAAUGUGGUCAUAUAAAAUUGCUUUGCCUGAACACGGACCCAGUCAAAUUUUUUUUAUAGGGUACAUUGUUCAAAUGCGGUCUAAAACACACACUUUUAUUUGGAGGCUUUUCCUUUAGUUCUAGGAAGAGUGGAGAGAAUGGUGUCAAGGCCAAAACUGGGCCUGUUAGUGGGCCUGGAGCUUUUAGUUUCAGUCAUAGGUAGAGACUGAGUUCUAUUGAUCUGGAGAAAAAAUUAGUACCAUGUAUUUGUGCAGCAUAAAUUUUAAUAUUACGUUGGGUAUGUAUAGUGGGUUGUUUUUUUAAAGUAUUAGAAAACCAGCCUCUCUUUAAAAAAACCUAGUUGAUAUACAUCUAGGUCUUCUCAUUUUUAACUUGUUAAAUGUUUAGGUAAGAACUGUGAUUGAAAAGGAAUUCAUUAUACAAAUAGAUCUGGUAGGGAUGUGGAGUGUUAAUUUUGCUUGAAACAGUAUGUUUUCUGCUUUGAAUCACCUCAUCAAAAUCAUCUGAAAGGAAUUGUGUGUGAUAAGAAUUUCUUUUCAUUGUUUAUCAGCCACAUAUCCUUUCUGGAUUAGAGUAAAGUUCUGUUUGUGAGCUGAACUUCAUUAUCUGCCAUUUUACGGAAGCAACGCAACACUGGGGGGAACCAGAGCUGACUGUCGUCGCAGGGUUAUGUGACAACUCUGUUCUAAGACUUAUACCUAUUAUAUAGGGUUAUACCUUGUUUCUUAUGCCUCAGCUCUAUACCUGACGAUUUAUGACUCAGUGGGGCCAAGCUAGAGGGAACGAAGGUCACCUGAGAUUGUGAUGGGGAUAAAUAUCCUGGGUGUUAGCAGAACAGAUGGGUGAUACCUGGAAUGCAAGACAGUAGGAGCGGAGAGUGAGGUGGCUGCCCCAGAUGACUCUUGGGUUAGUGUAAUUGUGGUUAAACAAGAUUGUCUAUAUUAUGAAGCGUGAUCCUACAACCAAAAUAAUAGAAAUGGGGGCAAAGUCAAGUUCUGCUUAUGCUUUUUAAAAGCUUGUAGUUUAAAUAAAAAUAAAUUGUAAAAACUGAUUACCUUAACGCUGUACAAGUCUGGCAAUGAGCUCUGCAUGAGGAGAUGGAAGGAAGAUACUGAUAGUGGUUCUAGGAGGGCAGAUGUGAGGAAGGCAGAUGGGUUUCUCUUUCCUGAUCAUGGGCUCUGAGGGGAUUCAUUGCCUCUACCAGCAUUCAGUAUAAACCAGAGGUAAGAAUAUAUGUACCUGCGUGUGUCUGUGAGAGAGAGAGAGAGAGAGUGUGUGUGUGUGUGUGUGUGUGUGUAUGAGUGUUAUUCUAAACAGUUUGUAAAUAUUGUAGUUGUUUAAAAUGGAAAAUAAAAGCUGAGAUUGUUCUUUUUCUUUGCAAAUAUAUUGCAUCAAAAAUACAGUAUUGACAGUGGAUAAAACACAGGAAAUAAAUUUUUUUUUUCA